AUGGACCCUGAAAAUGCUGAUUUUCAAAGGAAAGUGGCGGUCCCGACCGAAUGUUUGGUAUUCGGUGAGCCACGAAAGGUUCGCGGGCUGAGAGAUCGACGGUGCACUGUUCAACCAGCUUUGAAGCUCCCCGCUCGGACUUCAAACUACGAUCAAUUUUCAAACCACUUAUCGCGCGUACGCCGUAAAGCGGCCAGUACGUUCGACUGGGAACUAAGAGAUGAACUUCCGGUAACUGUAAUUGUUGGAAAUUACUUGGCAAAUGGGUUGAGAGCGGGAGCCACGCAAUGUGAGGUACUCAACAUUGUCUAG